GCUCCACACUCCGCUGCCUGGACCGCGUAAAGCGGAGUCUGCCCGAUGAUCUUGGAUUACGCGCAGUCAACUGUCAGAGCGCGCACCGGCUGCAGCUCCCUGCCGCGCAUCAACUUCUUCCAGACCCGUUUAAAAUCCGUAAAAAAGAUGGAAACGUGCGCGAACUCGCCUCUAUAGUUGUUAUUUUUAAUUACUGUUUGACUGUGGCUUUAUUUUACCUGGAUGCAAAAGGAAAAGUUUGUGUCGACGCUGCGUUAAAGAGGAGCACAGGAGCUGGAAAGACUCUUUCUCCUCCUCGUCUAUAACCCUUUAAAGGAGCUGCAUCCUCUCAAAUCUAGAUUUCCCGUUGAGUGGAAAACAUGAGGCCAGCUUGGAUCAUUUUGUUACUUCUGCUGCACAGGGUGGAGGCAGGCACCGAGCCAAUGUCAGGCCCAUCACUCAGUCCUGAAGUGAGCACUAUCAGGGGACAUAGUGAGAAGGCGCUGAGCCGUGGUCGUUACAAAUGUCUCGAGCUGUCCAAGAAAAACCACCCAGAAAACCAAACUGGUAUCUUCUGUGCUCAUAUGUGGGAUGGUUUGCUGUGCUGGGAUGAGACACCAGCUGGGACGGCUAUUACACAAAACUGUCCAGAUCACACUGACCUGAAUGCAACUGAAAAGGUGACCAGAUAUUGCAAUGAAAGGGGUAACUGGGUCCAGACUGGCUCCACCUGUCAGGCAGCUUUAGAAGACAAAUUGGAGGAAAGAAUUUUUGUCAGAGGUGCCACAGAAGAGCAGAGCGUUGAGGAUGCAGGAGUUCGAACGAAAAUGAUCAUCCUGGAAAAGAAGAAGACAUGCCUUGAGAAAAUGAAGAGCGAUCCGCCUCAUAACAAGUCAGGCCUGCACUGCAGUCGUAGCUGGGACGGCUGGUUGUGUUGGGACAACACCCCAGCUGGUGUCUAUGCAUUUCAGAACUGUCCUGAUUAUUAUUCGGACCUUAAACCCACUGAGAAGGCAGCUAAAUAUUGUGGUGAAGAUGGACAGUGGUUUCGGCACCCAAAGAGCAAUAUGACCUGGACCAACUACACGCUGUGUGUUGACAACAACGACAGGUUGAGGGUAGUUGCCCAGUUUUCCAGAGACCCUGAGGUGGAGCCCACCAACGAACCAACUGCUUCUCCUGAGGAUAAUCAGAAGGAAAAGGAGUUAGUCCGGAAAAAAAUUCUAGACAACCAGUAUAAAUGCUUUGAGAAAAUGCAUCGAGAUCCACCUUAUAACAAAUCAGGCCCGUUUUGCAGUCGGAACUGGGAUGGCUGGCUGUGCUGGGAGGAUACACCAGCGGGAACAUUCGCUGCCCAGAACUGCCCUAAUUAUUUUGAUGACUUUGACCCAACGGAGAAAGCAACCAAAUACUGCGGGGAGGAUGGGCAGUGGUUUCGCCACCCGGAUACCAACAGGACCUGGUCCAACUACACACUCUGCAAUGAAAACACUAAGGCGAAGCUGAAGUCCGCCUACAUCCUGUUCUACAUGGCAAUUGUCGGCCACGCUUUGUCCAUUGCCUCCCUGCUUAUCUCUCUGGCCAUCUUCUUCUACUUUAGGAGUCUGAGCUGCCAGAGGAUCACGCUCCACAAGAACCUUUUCUUCUCCUAUGUGCUUAAUUCUGCCCUCACUAUUAUCUAUCUUGUAACUGUGGUCAACAAUCCUGAAGUGGUGGCCAGAAAUCCAGUCGGCUGUAAGGUCUUGCACUUCUUCCACAUGUACAUGUUGGGUUGCAAUUAUUUCUGGAUGCUCUGCGAAGGAAUUUACCUGCACACGCUCAUCGUGGUGGCUGUAUUUGCAGAGGAGCAGCAUCUGCACUGGUACUACCUUCUGGGAUGGGGCUUUCCUCUGGUGCCGGUGUCCAUCCACGCGGUGGCCAGGAAAAAGUAUUUUGAUGACAACUGUUGGAUGAGUGUGGAAACCCAUCUGCUCUAUGCCGUACAUGGUCCUAUUGUGGCAGCUCUUCUUGUGAACUUAUUUUUCCUUCUAAAUAUUAUAAGAGUCUUGGUUACCAAAUUAAGAGACACGCAUCGAGCAGAGUCCAACAUGUACAUGAAAGCAGUGCGAGCCACCCUCAUCUUGGUGCCUUUACUGGGAAUACAGUUUGUCAUUUUUCCCUGGAGGCCAGAGAAUCGGCUGGCCGGUGAAGUCUACGAGUAUGUCAUGCAUAUACUUAUGCACUACCAGGGUUUACUGGUGGCAACAAUAUUCUGCUUCUUCAAUGGAGAGGUGCAGGGGGCUCUGAAGAGGCAGUGGAUGCAGUAUAAGACUCAGUGGGGUCAAAGGAGGAAGGAUCACUGCUCCAUGCGCUCCACUUCCUACACCGCGACCUCCAUCACGGAGGUGCCUGGCUUCAUGUACCACCAUGACAGCAACACUGAGCACCUGAACGGGCGCCACACGGAGGACUCUGAGCUGGUGGCGCUGAAAUCAGGAGACACUUAUGCUUAACCCAGAGGACGAGGAGCCAUCAGGGGAUGUGACCCACAAAGAGCAAAACCUGUCCGCCCGCCAUUUCUCAGUGAUUGAAUCUCAGAGGCAACUGCUGCUUUGUUCAGCGCAGGACAACAAUACGGGUUUGAAAGAAAACAGACAAGCUGGGAGGCUUUUUUUUACAAGUUGUUGCUGCUUUUUGUGAACUCUGGUUACUCACGGUACGAGACAAGCGCUGCUUUAGAUUCCUCCUGAAGCUGCAUUCCUGCAGUGCGGUGACGGGCUGAAAUUCCACUAAAUGUGACAGCAGUGAGGCAGUUAACAACAGUGAGGAUGAUCCGAAUGAAGAAGAGGAUUCAGUCUUUCCUUACCUCACCUAUACCAAAGGGUACAAACUGUCACAGAAUCGUGAAGGACAAGCACACUACAAUAAAACCACAAACCUGAGUUUGGGUUACAUGCUGGAGGUCAAAUUUCAAAACAAAUUGUGCUUAAAAAUCUAUUAUUGUGUACAUAUGUUGUAUUUUCACCACGUUUCAUUUCAACAUGAUUUGGUUGGGUUUUUCGUUGUUGUUGUUAUUAGUGAUUUAUGUUUGCUAUUCUCAAAGUUAGUGUAUGUUUCUCGCCAAGUGUGUGCUGUUGCCGAAAACUCCAUGACUGAGAGGUGACUAUCAGAGUUUUAUUAGAUCGUCCUCAAAAAAUGUUUCUUCUUUUUCUUUCAGAAUACAGUGUCACCACAAUCUUGUUUAUUUCAAUUUUUUCCUGCACUCAUAGAGUUUAGCACUCCACAAGUUCCUUAACUGCAAAUUGAUGAUCAGAACCUUUAAAUGCAGCCAGAUCAGCUUUUUAAUUCUAUUCCAGAUAAGCAAUAGUAAUUAAAGACCCACUCCAAUUAAAAUUGUGCUUUUGGUGUUUUUAAAAGGUUCUUGUGGCAUUUUGUAAUGAAGAAGGACAUAAAGAAAGAAUGGAACUACAUUUUUGAGUAUUUCUUUAUUGAAAUUGUUGUGAAUCAGGAGCAGAUGAAAAAAUGCCACAUGUAAAAGCUUUUAGCACUGACGUAGACUCUACAGUCGGUGGGCCACAAGCUCCCCGCUCCACUCUGAUGGAUCCACUUGAAGACGACUAGAUCCAUGUACGUCUUUGUUCCACUCGUCUGAUCUGGCUCAGAAUUGUACGGCUGGAUAUCUCCAAAAUCGCCAUAUUUGUUGAACCGGUAGUUUGGGGUUGUUAGUGGCCGUGAGCUGGUGGGAAAGACUGAAAACAGAUAGAUGAUGGGAAAUGAGGGUGGGCUGCUCAUACACUAUUUUGUUUGACUCCUUUUCAAAGCAAAAGUGUGAUUUCUGUUAUCAGUUUUUUUUUCUUUUUGGUUAUAAUCUGUAUUUUUUAGGCGAAAAAAAUGUUGCUAAUGUCAAGGAAAUUAUCUUCUACUUCCCUGUCUAAAGCACUGUGCAUUUACUUCAUUUGCUUCUAACCGAGAUGCAGACUGUUGUAAGCUAAUUGUGUUAAGUUUGAGUUAAAAAAAAAAAAAAAAGAAAGAAAGAAAGCAGAGUCAUUAUUUUCUCAUUGACACCCAGACACUGUGGUCUUAAAGAAAUGUAUUUAAAUGUGGUCAUUAAAUUAAGUUUGGACGCACUUGCAAA